CUCCAUUGGGUGGCUUUGGUUGGGAUGGGAGGAGACGGUCCUAUCUUUGGUAUUAUCUCCUUCGAUCUUGCAGAUGAGGUGUUCAAAGAAAUUCCGCACCCACCUUGUCAACGACUUGUGUCAGAUCACUACAGUCUUUCCAUGCUCAAUGCUCAAUGGGUGUCUAUCGGCUGUUGGGUCAGCUCCUCCUCCAGCCUCUGCAAGUCCGUUGCUGUCCUCUACAGUCCGCAACCACCACUCACCACCACACCACAGCAGCCAACAGCUAACAACCACCAUGAUUAUCCACCCUCCGGUCAUCUUCGUCAACUAAUCUACAUCGAAAUCCAUCACAAUCCACAGCUUACCUUUCCUCGGCCACAGAACAGGACACAGCGCAGCAGUAUAGAACAGUGAAAAGGAAUUCAAGUUUAGAAGAAGAAUUUUAACCGAGUUGGUAGGCAUCGUUUGUAAGAAUGGGAACUCCUCUGGAUUUCUUGAACUAACUUAAUCACGACGUGUCACUAAAGAUUAUGACAUUUUUGGAUGAUCUAUCUGAUAUUGUUCGUGCCUCUUCUGUCUCCGGUGAUUGGAAACUGCGCUACAUCGAAAUCCAUCACAAUGAAUUGGAAACUGCUUC